AUGAUUGAAAAAUCUAGAACUGAAGAGGACCAUCUCCGAGUCUUGAGGAAGUUGUUCUUAAGAUUGAGAAAAUUCCAGCUGAAACUCAACCCAGCAAAAUGCAUAUUUGGAGCCAGAUCAGGAAAGUUGUUAGGCUUCAUAGUCAGUAAGAAAUGGAUUGAGAUUGACCCGGAUAAAGUCAAAGCAAUACGAGAUUUUCCUCCUCCAGGUACUCAGAAGGAGGUCCGAGGUUUCCUAGGAAGGUUGAACUACAUUGCCCGGUUUAUUUCGCAAUUGACUGAGAAAUACGAUCCAGUGUUUCGCCUUCUGAAGACACAUAAUCCGAGAGAAUGGGAUGAGGAAUGUCAUAAAACUUUUGACAAAAUAAAACAAUACUUGGCUAAUGCUCCAAUACUAUCACCGCUUAGUCCAGAUAGACCAUUGAUAUUAUAUCUAACGGUGUUUAACAAUUCCACAGGAUGCGUCUUGGGCCAACAUGACGAAACAGGGAAGAAAGAGAGAGCAAUAUACUAUCUCAGCAAGAAAUUCACUGAUUGUGAAAUGAAGUACUCGUCCAUUGAAAAGUUGUGUUGUAACGGAAUUGGGGAAGUCUUGGUAUCCCCAAAUAGAGAUCAUUAUCCUAUCGCUAGCAAGUUGGACUUCGAUUGCACAAAUAACAUGGCAGAAUAUGAAGCAUGUAUUAUGGGUAUUCGUGCGGCCAUUGAACGUAAAAUCAAAGUGCUUAAAGUGUAUGGAGAUUCCGCGUUGGUGAUAUACCAACUCAAAGGAGAUUAUCUCCCACGAGAGGAAAACCAAAUGGCUGAUGCAUUGGCUACUCUGGCUUCGAUGAUUCAGGUGAACAGACUUGAAGUAAUGAAGCCUAUUCAGAUGAGUAUCUAUGAAACCCCAGCUCAUUGCUACAAUAUUGAGGGGGAGGGAAAAUACGAUCACCAUUGGUAUCGGAGUAUCCUACAGUAUUUAAAGAAUCGGGAGUACCCUAGCCAGGCAACAGAGAACGACAAAAGAACUUUGAGAAGAAUAGCCAUCGAAUAUGUCUUAGAUGGAAAAGUGCUAUACAAAAAAAGAAAAGAUCAGGUACUGUUAACAUGUGUGGAUGCCAUGGAAGCUAAGAAAAUUCUGGAGGAAGUCUAUAAGGUUUACGGAAUGGAGGCAGUAUUACCCAUCGAAGUUGAAAUCCCCUCUCUACGGAAACGAAUGAUGCGAGCCUAUAAUAAAAAGGUUCGCCCCAGAGAAUUUAGCGGAGGAGACUUGGUGCUAAAAAAAAUUCUUCCUAUGCAAAAGGACUUUAGAGGAAAAUGGAUGCCAAAUUGGGAGGGUCCUUAUGUCGUAAAGAAGGCCUUCACUGGUGGAGCUUUGAUUCUAAGUGAGAUAGAUGGAAAAGACUUACCCAAUCCCGUAAAUUCAGACUCAGUCAAGAAAUACUUCACUUGA